GAAAAAAGAGUUAGGGUUUCCCCGGGCACAUUCAUUCAAGAAGCACAAAAACAAGCAGCCACGGGGGACUCCAUUCUUUCUGUUCGUUAGCACUUAGCCGCAGCAAGUAUUUCUUUUCUUCUUUUGGAAUUAGCCAUAACAGCAGGAAAGAACUAAGGAGGUUCCUCAACUUCACUUUUCUUUAAUUUCUCUCAAUUCAAUUUAGAUUCCAAGUGAUGAUUGUAAGUUUGGAUAUAUUUCACAUUACCAAUUCUUGAGUUUGGAUUGAUUUCGAAUCUCUUUGUCUCCAAUUAGUAAUUACAGUUUUUUUCCCCAAUUUAAUACUCGUAGUUCAAUUUUUAUUUCUAGCUGCUUAUCAUGUUUAUCAAUGUUAUUGUGAUGUUAGUUUUAAGUAUGAGUAGCUAAUUCCAUAAAGGGUUUGAAUUGGGGCUAGGGUUCAUGGGCUCUUGAGAGUGUGAAUUUAGUUUUUGAAAUUCAAUGAAUUUUCUGGAAAAUUGUAUAAGAUUACUCUUAAUUGUCUAUAUGAAUUUGAUCGCCUCAUAUAUGAAUGUUUGGAUUUAAUUCAAUUCUUGUCUAUGGAAUUUGCGUUAAAUUAGCUUGGAUCUUAUACAAGCAAUCUGAUCUUAGAAAUAAGUUAAGAUUGUGAUAAUUUGAUUUAAUUCUUGUCUAGGAGAAUUUAUUUCAUUUUCUUUCCAGGAAUAAUCAAAAAUUAAUUUACUUAACUCUCAUCUCGAAAGAACACCCAGAACCCAAACCAUUCAAUUUGAACCAUGUUUUAAUAUCUAGAAUCAGGUAAAAAAAAACUUACUCUAUUAUUUUUUUUGCACUCGUUGUUAGUUAGUUUACUUUUUUUUAAUCACCUGAAAACAAUUUAUUCGGAAAGAUUACCAUGACUUGUGCUAGUCUGUGAUCACGGACAGUAUUUAAAACUUCCUUUUUGCCACUCCUUGAGAGACGAUACUCGUGGUCUGGUUAUUCUACGUAUCAACCAACUACGUUUUACUCACUAAAAAAAUUUACACCGAUCAAAUGGCGCCGUUGCCGGGGAGUGGCACGGUUGUUUGUUAAGUACUUUCUGUGGAAUAGGUAAAAGCAAGUCGGUGAGACUUUCUAUUUCUUUUCUAUUAUUUGUUUUUGUUUUUGGUGUUCUUUGCACGUGAACUAAGAUGCAGGAACCAGUGCAUGCACACUCGCUCCUUGGGGGAACAAGACUUAAUUGCAGGUUAUUCGGAUCCUGAAUGCUUAUUCCGAGGAAGAGCUAAAAGGCGAUUGCUAGAAGACUUAAACAAAAUGGCCGAUGAGACAACUCUGGAGAAGUUGACGCCUAACUAUGUGGCGAGAAAUAGCAUUGGUGCACCCACCAUUGAGGCCAACAAUUUUGAAAUCAAGCCGGCCAUGAUGCAGAUGCUUGCUAAUAAUCCAUUCUGCGGAUACACCCAUGAAGAUCCAAUGGAGCAUAUUGAGAGCUUUAUUCAGACAUGUGCCACAUGCAAAUACAAUGGGGUAUCCAGCGAGGCAGUGAGGUUGACCUUAUUUCCAUUCUCGUUGAGAGACAAGGCAUCGCGGUGACUCCGUAGCUUUCCAAACGGGCAUUUUGAUACAUGGGAGAAGCUUCAUCAGGCAUUUAUGCGGAGUAUUUUCCUCCCUCUGCCGCUAUCAAAGUUCAGACAGAAAUUCUCAACUUCGCUCAAGCUCUGACCGAGACUUUCAGUGAAGCAUGGGAUAGGCUUAAGACGCUGAGAAGGAAGUGUCCAGAAACAUUCAUGAAUUCAGCAACCAUUAUGUGCAGAUUUUAUAAUGGUCUUCGGCUGGAGUAUAUGAGAGAACUAGACCGGGCAUCUCAAGGGGGGUAUGUUUCUAAAAUUGUCCCUAGAGGCAGAAGAGCAGAUAAUAGAGAAUUUGGCUUCAAAUGAUAAAUAUUGGUACGCGGGCAAGGAGAGAGCUCAAAAUCCACCUGGUCUGCUCAAUUUAGAUCCCAUCACUGCACUCACAGCGAAGAUCGAGGGACUGGCAGUGGAUGUCAAAGACUUGAAGGCACAUACUUCUCAGCAACAACAUGUUCAUAAUAUUGGGGCAUAUCAGCCCUCUUAUCCUAUGUAUUCUGCCCCACUUCCCGUUCGAGCAAGUUAUCCAAGUCCAACUGGCCAAGAACUAGCUUUAUCUUGCGAAAUGUGCAUGGGAGCUCACCUCACUCACACCUGCCCUCUUUAUGUUCAGAAUCAGGCAGCUCCAGUGGUCCGUGAUGUGAAUUUCAUGGAAUACGGUCAAGGCCAGAGAUCUGGUGGGCAUUUUUUCUACAAUCAAGUUCAGAGAGGAAACUUUCAGCAAGGAGGAGGCUCGUGGAGACCUUAAAAUCAGAAUCAGGGGCAGCGGAAUGCUCCCAAUUACCAAGCAAAUUUUCAGAAUAGAGGCAAUCCGAAUCAGCCCGCUUAUGUCCCGCCUCACCAAAGACAGCUUGAACCACCUCCGAUAAAUGCAGCGCUAGAGAAAACAGUGGCUGAAUUAGCCAAAAAUCAAGCGGAGAUGCACCAGCGUUUCAGCAACCUAGAAGCUCUUAUCCGCCAGCUUGGUUCAGUUGCUCCUAGAGAACCAGGCAGCCUUCCGAGUUCAACAGAACCCAAUCCAAGGGAGCAAGUGCAGGCCGUUACACUACGCAGCGGGAAGACCCUUACAAAAGUUAAUACUCCACCAUUGGCUCAACAAAAUGAUGACCAGCGACAUCAAGACCCGAAAUCCCAGGAGGUUGAAGAAGAACCAGUGGCUGUCCCUAUUCCUUCCAAGAGUAAUGAAGCUCAGAAAGAAGAUUCUCUGAAGAAAGAGAAGAGUAAGACGACUCCACCUCUCCCGUUCCCAACACGGGUGAAGAGAAGCAAUGAUAACACGAACCUGAUUAGAUUUAUGGAGCAUCUGAAGCAGCUUCAUAUUAAUGUCCCAUUCAUAGAAGCUUUGACGGAGAUGCCGAGGUACGCAAAAUUUCUGAAGGAUCUCCUCACGAAAAAGAGGAGGUGCGAAGAGCCGGAAGUGGUGGAUCUUAAUGCGGAAUGUUCAGCAGUUGUUCUGAAGACUAUGCCUCCGAAGCUAAAAGACCCAGGGAGUUUUACUGUACCUUGUUCUAUUGAAAAUUUUAUGUUUAAUAAUGCUUUAGCUGAUUUAGGAGCUAGCAUCAACCUGAUGCCUUCCUCUGUGGUCAUGAAACUUGGCUUGGGUGAACUAAAGCCCACUCGUAUGAGCCUUCAGCUAGCGGACCGAUCGGUGAAAUAUCCGAAAGGAAUUCUAGAGGAUGUAUUAGUACGGGUGGACAAGUUCAUAUUCCCUGUUGAUUUUGUGGUCAUGGACAUGGAGGAAGAUCGUGAGACUCCACUUAUUUUAGGGAGGCCCUUUCUGGCUACUGCUAGGGCCCUUGUCGAUGUUGCUGCUGGUUCACUUUCUCUGAGAGUUGGGGACGAUGUGUGCACUUUUAAACUCUCAGAGGUGAUGAGUAAGGCCUCAGACCCCGCUGAAUCAUGCCAUUAUCUUGAUAUGUUUGAGUCAGUGGAGGGGUAUUUAUUUGGAGGUGAUAGUGAUAUUACCCCACCUGUUAGUGACAUUCAUUAUGUGGGGGAUAUGGUGGCUGAAAAUGAAGAAGAAAUGACUGUUGAUUGCGAGCAGGUGAUUAGGGAUGAUGAUUUCCCUACGUUGCUUACUGAGUUUGAGGAGCAGCCCACCGAUAAGGUUACUCCUGAACUCAAACUGCUCCCUAGCCACCUGGAGUAUGCAUUUUUAGACACACAGGGCCAACACCCUGUCAUUAUUUCAGCCCAGUUAGAGUCGGGACAGAAGGAAAAAUUGAUGGAUGUCCUUAGGUGUCACAAGCAGGUCAUUGCGCGUAAGCUUGAGGAUCUUCGUGGGAUUAGCCCAACCUUCUGUACCCACAAAAUCAAGUGUGAGGAGGGGUAUAAACCAGUCGUGCAACCGCAACGACGUUUAAACCCCAAGAUGAUGGAAGUGGUAAAGGCAGAAGUCCUGAGGCUUUUGGAUGUGGGUAUAAUUUACCCAAUUUCAGAUAGCCAAUGGGUUAGCCCUACUCACGUGGUCCCCAAGAAGGGGGGUAUGACGGUGAUUCAGAAUGAGAAGGGGGAACUCCUACCUAGUAGGACGGUGACCGGGUGGCGGAUGGUCGUUGAUUAUCGUAAACUAAAUGAAGCCACUCGGAAGGAUCAUUUUCCCUUACCUUUUAUUGAUCAGUUGAUUGAGAGUUUGGCAGGGCAUGCUUAUUAUUGUUUCCUUGACGGGAUGAGCGGGUACUUUCAAAUACACGUUGAUCCCGUUGACCAGGAAAAGACCACUUUUACUUGCCCAUUUGGGACAUUUGCAUUUCGUAGGAUGUAUUUUGGUCUAUGCAAUGCCCCUACCACAUUUAUGCAUUGCAUGAUUGCUAUCUUUGAGAAGUUUAUUGGUGAUUUUAUGGAGGUUUUUAUGGAUGACUUCUCUAUUUUUGGGGAGUCAUUUGAUGAAUGCCUCCAUAAUUUAGAGAAAGUGUUGAUUAGGUGUGAGGAGACCCACUUGGCCUUGAGUUGGGAAAAGUGUCACUUCAUGGUCAAGGAGGGUAUUGUGCUAGGUCAUAAGGUGUCAUCUAAGGGUAUUGAGGUUGACAAGGCGAAAAUCGAGGCCAUUGAGAAACUCCCGCCUCCAACGACCGUAAAGGCUGUCCGUAGCUUUCUUGGGCAUGCCGGCUUCUACCGUCGCUUUAUUCGGGAUUUCUCAAAAAUAGCCAAACCUCUCACCCGUUUGCUUGAGAAAGAUGCUGAUUUUUUGUUUGAUGAUGAAUGUUUGCUUGCUUUUAAGUGUUUGAAACUUAAGUUGAUGGAAGCUCCAGUUUUAGUUGCUCCGGAUCGGGAAAUCCCUUUUGAACUAAUGUGCGAUGCUAGCGAUCAGGUGGUCGGGGCCAUUCUUGGCCAACGGAAAGAUAAUCACUUCCGCCCCAUCUAUUACGCUAGCAAAACCUUAGCGGGACCCCAAUUGAAUUAUACCACUACAGAGAAAGAGCUUCUAGCUAUUGUGUAUGCUUUGGAGAAGUUUAGGUCGUAUAUUAUUUUAUCUGAAGUAAUUAUCUACACCGAUCAUUCGGCGUUGAGAUAUUUAUUUCAGAAGCACGACUCUAAACCUAGACUUCUCCGUUGGAUUUUGUUGUUGCAGGAAUUUAACAUAGAGAUUAGGGACCGGAGGGGUUCCGCCAAUCAAGUAGCUGAUCACUUAUCACGAUUAGAUGCUGACUUGGUAGACUCUUUCGGUAAUGAUGUUAUUGAAGAACUUUUUCCUGAUGAACGUCUUUUGCAGGUUGAGAUUGGAUCUGAGGUACACUGGUAUGCAGACAUAGCCAACUAUUUAGUAGGCGAUGUUGAGCCUACCGGGCUAUCUCGACACAUGUUAAAAAAGUUUCUAUCCGAUGCUAAGUAUUAUUUCUGGGAUGAUCCUUAUUUGUUCAGGAUUUGUGCUGACCAGGUAGUACGAAGGUGCAUUCCUGAGGAUGAAAUGAAUGAGAUUCUUUACCAUUGUCAUGUUGGCCCCACUGGGGGGCAUUUUUCUGGUAAUAGGACAGCAAGAAGAGUGUUAGAGUGUGGGUAUUACUGGCCCACGUUGUUCAAAGAUGCGAAUUCUUAUGUUGCCUCAUGCGAUAGGUGUCAACGGGUAGGAAAUAUUUCUAAACGAGAUGAGAUGCCCCAGACAUAUCUAUUGCCUUGUGAAGUUUUUGAUGUCUGGGGGAUUGAUUUUGUAGGCCCAUUCCCUAGUUCAAGAGGCAAUAAAUUUAUUUUAGUCGCUAUUGAUUAUGUGUCGAAGUGGGUAGAGGCUAUUGCGAGCCCUACUAAUGAUGCUAGAGUGGUUGUGCGUUUUGUAAAAAAAUUGUUUUCUAGGUUUGGAGUCCCCAAAGUUUUGAUUAGUGAUCGAGGAACCCAUUUUUGUAAUGAUCCGCUAGCUCGUGUUUUGUCUAAAUAUGGGGUUCAACAUCGGCAAGGAGUAGCCUACCACCCCCAAACUCAGGGGCAAGUAGAGAAUGCAAAUCGGGAUCUUAAGGCUAUCCUAGAAAAAGCUGUAGCGCAAACUCGUAAGGAUUGGUCAGAAAAAUUAGAUGACGCGCUAUGGGCUUUUAGGACAGCUUAUAAGACUCCGAUUGGUACUACUCCUUUUCGAUUAGUUUAUGGGAAGUCUUGUCAUUUACCUGUGGAGGUAGAGCAUAGGGCACUUUGGGCUUUAAGGACUGUUUGUCUUGAUUCAGCUAGUGCAGGUAAGGAGCGGUUCUUUCAGGUGAAUGAAUUGGAUGAGUGGAGGGCUCAGGCCUUUCAUAAUUCAUACUUAUACAAAGAGAGAGUAAAACAAGCUCAUGACAAGCACAUUAAGGCGGACCGCCAGUUUGCAGAGGGGGAGAAGGUGUUGUUGUAUAAUUCAAGGUUGAGACUUUUUCCUGGGAAGCUGAAGUCCCGAUGGACGGGACCAUACACUGUACGUCGAGUUUAUCCCUAUGGAAGUGUGGAGAUUGAGCAUAAUGAUGGCCGGGUUGUCAAGGUCAACGGCAACCAACUCAAGCACUAUUUUGGGGGAAUGUUUGAAAAGCUGAAGGAGGUUUUAAGCCUCGAACCCGUCUUUGAAUGAGAUUUUAUCGUCAAGCUAGUGACGUUAAAGAAGCGCUUCUGGGAGGCAACCCACCCAAAAAAAAAACUGAAAAAAACUAAAAAAAAAAAGAAAUUAGGAGUUUAGUAUCUCUUGUUUAUGCAUUUUUUGUCUUUGUUUUUGUGUUUUCAUCUUGUGCUUGUGCGGUUGGAUUUCUUUUCUUUGAAUUGUAGAUAUGACAUGGAAUGGUGUGGAAGAAGAAGUGUAGCCCUAUAUAAAUGGAGCUCUUAAGGGAUACUGGCUACCAGCUCCCGUUUACUUUACAGAAGGUCCGUGGAGACCCGGCAGCAAACACUUUCAAGGCCAAUAGUUGGAGACAAUAAUUGGAGACUUACACAUGCUCCAUGAGUGAAACCAGCUGCCAUGCACCAUGGAGUUCGUGAGCUCUUUCGCUGUCCGCAGGAGCACCGCAGUUUAGAAGAAGAAGCGACGACAAGCACAAUCAUCAAGUGCAAUUUGAUGGGACAUGACCUUGAUGGCAAUUUUUGGAUGGUGGUUGAUUUUUGAGGGCUGAAUCAGCUGCCCGUUGACAGUAUACCAUUGUUUAUUAGGCCUUGGUUCACCACACUUUGGACAAACUGCCCAGCCUCAGUAUGAUUGCAGCAUUCCAGUGGCAGGAUUCAGCGGCAUCUACACAUCUAGGAGAGUCAUUUCAGCUUGCAGAUCAUGGUUCUAAGACCGAAUAUCUCACCACCAGAGACCGAGGGGCUAUCAGAUGCUGAGUUUUAUGUUAAGCCGGAGGUUAUUCACUGCAGUUUGGCUUAUACGGUAAUCUGUCAACUCUAACUACGCUGCUAAAAAUGUGUGCUUACUAUCAUAUUACUCCUUUGUUGAUUUGUGCUGAUUAUUAUUCUGAUUAUGAUGUGUUGCCGGGCUAAAAAUCAUUUUACUCGUUAAUUUGCCCCUGGUAUUUUUGUUUUAAUAUUUUCUUUGACCUCGAGGGCGAUGUCACCCCUAAGUGUGGGGAGGUUUGGUUUUAGCUUGGACAUGACAUUUGGUGAUGAAGUUAUUCUGCUCAAACAUUUUGAGGUGCAUGAGGUUCUUUUCCGGUUUAGCAACGCAACAGAGGUAACUUGUUAAUCUUUAUUUUCUUUUGUAAUCUUCCAUCUCCUCCAUCUUUCUUGGAAAGAAUUAGUAAUGGUGUAAUCAUCAGGGUGGUGUGUAUAUUCUUGGGAAUGUUGGCAGGUUAGAUGGUUUGAUUUGUGUUGAUUAAAUUCGGUUUUACUCGUGAUUCACUAGUUUGUCAUCAAUAAUUGCUUGAUUGGUCAGGUGUUGAAAAUCCUUACUCCAUAAGGAGCUCUGCUUUCUAAGCAUAUCGGGAUAAAUUCAUGCUAAGCAGGCAACUGAUUCUUGUUAUGGGGUUACACUUCGUGUGUCGAGAAUUUCAUCUCCGGAAAGGGGCUCUGCUCAUCUCGUGAAUCACCCCGUGUGAGAGUUGAGUAUGCAUAGUAAUGAGAUAAACUCCCAGGCCCUAUAGCUAGAAUCGGCCCUGUAAUCCACAACCUAGCCAACUUUUCAAAAAAAAAAAAAAUUGAAUCACGAGCAUACCGGUUUUAUCACACAAUUCUUGGGUUUUGGAAUGAUUGGUGGUUUGGAUUUCACACACCUACACCGUUGGGACCAUAAUGCUUUUCUCUACAUUUUAGUCGGUUGGAGAGGAAUUUUACUUUUGAUAAUAUUGUUUAACAUGUGAAUCUUGGUUUCGUUGUUAAGAAAGAAAAGACCUUGUGCAAUCAUUUAUUUUGGGUGUGAAUGAUUUUUGAACCAGGUGUUACAUGUGAUUAUUUUGUUUUCGUGGUUUUAAUGCACUGUUUCUUGGGGGCAAGCAACGCUCAAGUGUGGGGAGAUUUGAUAGGCUCGUUCCGUUCCUAUCUUUUCACCCAUAUUUUGGGUGUUAAUUGUCUAAUUUUUAUAAUUAAUCGGGUGACUAUUGGGGGUUUUGAAUGAAAAUUUGUAAUUUUUCGGUCCCGGUGCCAUUCAUUUUCAGUUUAGUAUUUGUCUACACAAUUUGACAUUUUUGGAGUAAUUUGAUUGUAAAAUUACAUAUUUUUACCGGAUGUGGUGAGUUGUGAUUGUACAGACUGAAUUUAACGGUGAAUGUCACGUUAUGUUCGGCUGAACAGAUUGAAGUUUUUUUAAGAAUAAUUAAGUUCAGCCCAAAAGAGAAAAAAAUAGCAGCAGCCCAAAACAAAAAGGGGAAAAAAGAGUUGGGGUUUCCCCACGCACAUUCAUUCACGAAGCACAAAAAUAAGCAGCCACAGGGGACUCCAUUCUUUCUGUUCGUUAGCACUUAGCCGCAGCAAGUAUUUCUUUUCUUCUUUUGGAAUUAGCCAUAACAGCAGGAAAGAACUAAGGAGGUUCCUCAACUUCACUUUUCUUUAAUUUCUCUCAAUUCAAUUUAGAUUCCAAGUGAUGAUUGUAAGUUUGGAUAUAUUUCACAUUACCAAUUCUUGAGUUUGGAUUGAUUUCGAAUCUCUUUGUCUCCAAUUAGUAAUUACAGUUUUUUUCCCCAAUUUAAUACUCGUAGUUCAAUUUUUAUUUCUAGCUGCUUAUCAUGUUUAUCAAUGUUAUUGUGAUGUUAGUUUUAAGUAUGAGUAGCUAAUUCCAUAAAGGGUUUGAAUUGGGGCUAGGGUUCAUGGGCUCUUGAGAGUGUGAAUUUAGUUUUUGAAAUUCAAUGAAUUUUCUGGAAAAUUGUAUAAGAUUACUCUUAAUUGUCUAUAUGAAUUUGAUCGCCUCAUAUAUGAAUGUUUGGAUUUAAUUCAAUUCUUGUCUAUGGAAUUUGCGUUAAAUUAGCUUGGAUCUUAUACAAGCAAUCUGAUCUUAGAAAUAAGUUAAGAUUGUGAUAAUUUGAUUUAAUUCUUGUCUAGGAGAAUUUAUUUCAUUUUCUUUCCAGGAAUAAUCAAAAAUUAAUUUACUUAACUCUCAUCUCGAAAGAACACCCAGAACCCAAACCAUUCAAUUUGAACCC